AUGACUCGUGAAAAUACUAGGAUCAUCUUCUACGAGGACAGGAACUUCCAGGGCCGCUCCCAUGAGUGUAACUCUGAGUGCCCAGACAUGUCCUCAUACUUCAGACGCUGUAACUCCAUCCGUGUGGAGAGCGGAAACUGGAUCCUGUAUGAGCACCCCAACUACAGGGGGCACCAGUACUUCCUGCAUAGAGGGGAGUACCCUGACUUCCAGCAGUGGCUGGGUUACAAUGACUCUAUAAAGUCCUGUCGUCUGAGCCCACAGCACCAGGGAUCAUUCAGAGUCAGGAUCUAUGAGAAAGAAGACUUCCGAGGUCAGAUGAUGGAGUUCACAGAAGACUGUCCCCAUGUCUAUGAGAGGUUCCACUACCAUGACAUCCACUCCGCCCAUGUACAAGACGGAUACUGGAUGUUCUAUGAGGAGCCCAACUACCGGGGACGUCAGUACUACCUGAGAUCAGGGGAGUACCGGAGAUACAACGACUGGGGAGCCACCAGCCCCAGAAUUGGCUCCUUCAGACGUGUCCACCAUAUGUAUUAA